UCUGUCCAAAUCUCCAUAAACCCUCCUUUCUUCUUCUUCCCCAAACCCUGAAGAUGGUGACCCCAACUCAGGCUGUUUCCAAAAGACCCAUUUGCCCCUCGUGCUCCAAACCCGUCCGGCUCUGCCUCUGCAAUCGGAUCCACAACCCGGAGGGGCUCCACAACUCUGUAAGUGUGACUAUUCUUCAACACAGCUUUGAGAAGAACCACCCUCUUAAUUCAGCUAGGAUUGCGAGGUUGGGGCUUAAGAAUGUAAGAGUGGUUACUGUUUUUGAUGUUCAUUUUGAUGCCCGGUUUGUUAUUCGGUUGCUGGACCCGGAUUUGGAUAUGGGUUUGGACCGGAAGGGUUUAAAUGGUGGAGGUUUUGGUGGAGGUGUUGAGUCAGAAAUUGGAGGGUUUGAGAGUAGUAGUGUGAUCAAUUGUAAUGAGGAGUGUAGUUUUGGGAAUGGUGUAGGUGAUAUGAGUCAUGGAAACCAAUUAGGAGGUGUGGAUUGUGUGGGAGAUUGUAGUGUAUCGAGCGGUGAUGGGUUUCUUGUGGAGCAAGAGCAUGAAUGCAGUGAUGUAAAGGGUGUGUUGGGUUUGGAGACUUGUGAUAAGCAUUUGGAUGGACAGUCCAAUGUGGAUGAGUCUCCAACUGCUACAGAUUUUGAGUCGAUUGAAGGUGGGAAAGUUGGUCGUGUUGGACCUGUUGUAAUGGCUACAAUUGGCAAGAAUGGUGUCAUUAGCUCUUUUAGUCAUACUUGGAUGCCACAAACCCAUCACAAUAAUUUGCAAUUUGAUACGAUUUUGGACAUUAAAGAAGCGCGUGAGGCUUUGGCAAAGGGGUUUGUUGUACAAAAGUUGCAAAAGCAGCUACCGAGAGGAAAUGUAGAGUUUGAAGUGGAAGUUCCUCCAGGAUCUGUUCUCUUGUUCCCAUCCAAAGCAGCAGUUAGUGCCAGUGACCUUGAAGCCAUGGAUAUCAAGGUCAAGAAUUUGAUUGUUCUAGACGGAACAUGGUCAAAGGCAAAGAGAAUGUAUGUGGAGAACCCCUGGCUUAAGCUACUGCCGCACUUGAGGUUGGAUUUGUACAAGCUCAGCUUGUACAAUGAAGUCAGAGUCCAGCCUAAACCUGGAUUCCUUUCCACCAUCGAGAGCAUUGUAUACGCGCUAAAGGCGGUAGGGGACAGUCCUGAAGGCCUAGACAAUCUCUUGGAUGUUUUCGAGUCCAUGGUUGGCGACCAGAGAAGAUGCAAAGAGGAGAGAUUAAGCAAUGCCUCGCCGCCCUAGUGAACCUUGUGCUCAAUAUCACUUUUG